AUGGCUCCAAAACCUCUCACAGGCGGCGUUUAUGCCCCAACAGUGGCUUUCUUCCAGCCCAACGAAGAGAUCGACGUGGCUACUGUUGAGAAACAUGCCGUCUACCUAGCACAAGCCGGAAUUUCUGGCAUUGUCGUUCAAGGAAGCAACGGUGAAGCCGUCCAUCUUGACCGCGAAGAACGAAAACUCGUUACCAGCACCACUCGCAAGGCUCUCGACGCCAGCGGAUUCGACAAGGUGCCCGUGAUUGUCGGCACUGGCGUACAGUCGACGCGUGAGACUAUCUUAUUGUCCAAGGAUGCAGCCGAGGCCGGUGCCGACUACGUGAUCGCUCUGCCACCUUCGUACUACAAGGGACAGGACACUGUGCAAUCGCGACGAACUUUCUUCACGGACGUGGCCGAUGCUUCCCCCCUCCCCGUGCUGAUUUACAACUUCCCCGGUGCUGCCAACGGCGUUGAUCUUACCUCAGACGACAUCAUUGCCCUGGCGCAACACCCCAACAUUGUCGGUGUCAAACUGACGUGCGCCAACACGGGCAAGCUCGCCCGCAUUGCAGAUGCUGUUCCACAGGGCUUCCUCACCCUUGGAGGCUCCUCAGACUUCACCCUUCAGACUCUGGUUGCUGGUGGCCAGGGAGUCAUUGCUGGGCUUGCAAACGUCAUUCCCCGCGCCUGCGUUGAGGUCUACAAGCUGUACACAGCCGGCCAGGUCGCCGAGGCCCAGAAACUGCAGGCAAUCGUCGCCCGGGCUGACUGGGUCACCAUCCAGGGCGGAUUCCCCGCGGUCAAGGCAGCUCUCCAGGGAUUCAAUGGAUACGGUGGGGUGCCUCGCCGGCCCACCCCCGCGGCCGAUGUUGCAGCCACCACGGCAGCAUUUAAGGAGGGCUGGGCAUUGGAGACGUCGUUAACAAAGAAGUAA